ACAACUCCGGCCCAUCUCUCGUUGAGGCCCUUCUCAGUUCUCAGCUACCCGCAUGAGAGAAGCGAAGAAGGCGGUGACCUAAAACACGGCGUAGUUGCCAAUUUACGGCGAAUCGUCUAUUGAUUCCGGCUAUUCGAGCAUCGUUUGCAGCAGAGAUUUGAGCUUCUGAUCUCUGAGAGCCAUGGCGGGGAAGCCAAUGGGUGGUGAAGCAUUCACCUCUAAUCUAGCUGGAAUGUCGAAGAACCAAUUAUAUGACAUCAUGUGUCAGAUGAAGACUCUGAUUGAACAGAACCAGCAGCAAGCUAGACAGAUACUUGUGGAGAAUCCUCUUCUGACCAGAGCCCUCUUCCAGGCACAAAUUAUGCUCGGAAUGGUGCAACCUCCACAAGUGAUGCCAAACAUUCAGCAAGCACUUUCUCAGCAACCUCAGCAAACAUCACAACCAGGUCAGCAGCUAAACAUUCAAGCUGCUCAGUCGUUGCCUGUGCCAGUUGGACAGCAGGACCAAUCAAGUGCAUCUCAGGCUCAAAUUCCAUUGAGGAAGCUGCACCAAAACCAACCUGCAAUGACCGUCCCAUCUGGUUCUGCUCCACCAGUGACACUUCUGUCCCAGAGUAUGCCAUCACAUGCCCUACCAACUAUGCAGCAAGCUAAGGGGCAUCUGAAUGCACCAGUGACCUCCCUUACACAUUCAAUAUCCUCUCAAAUGCAUAAUAUACAUUUGCCUAAUGUAUCCAGCCUGCAGCAACAAUCAUUACAGAUCGGUGGUGUUCCACUUAUGCCUCCGCAACCACCUUUACCACAGCAACCUAGGCCACCUUCAAUGCCACCUUACCCACAUCAGCUUAAUUCACAUAUGGGCUCAAGUCUGGGUUUCCAGCAUUCUGGUGCACCCCAGCCUCAUCUUUCACAAUCCACUUAUCAUUCAGGUGCCAAACCUCGAGCUAACAUUGGUCCUUCAUUUCCAUUGGGACAGCCGCCACUUCUGAAUCAGCCACCACCCCAGUCACUUUAUCAGGCUGGAGGAUCACAUUUGGCAUCAGAUUUUGGUAAUCAAGCAGGAGGCUCCCUGCAGAUGGAAAGAGGGACUUCUUGGAUGACUGGUCCACCAGACAAUGCAACAGGAGUACAGGUUGCAGGUCCACCUCCAUUACCUGGUCAGAUGGGGCCCACCAGUCAGCUUCCUCGUCCACCACAGUUGACACCCGAAAUGGAGAAGGCACUGCUUCAGCAGGUCAUGAGUCUGACACCAGAACAGAUUAACUUGUUGCCACCUGAGCAGAGGCAUCAAGUACUUCAGCUACAGCAGAUGCUGCGCUAAUGUACAAGGCUGGUUGUUUUUAGAAGCACAAGUAUUCGGCAAGCGUGAUCUUCUCUGGAUGAUAUUGAUCUUGAUAUUUGCCAAUUAUUGUGGCAGAGAAUGUUCCUUUGUUGUUUUGCCUUUGGAUUGAGUUACAGCUUCAUCGAAGAAUUAUCCAGAAGUUCUUUCUCAAUAUCAAGAAGUUGAAGCCAUCAAGAUCUUGUGCAAGAAGAACCAGAACUGAACAUUUUCCUUUGUUUGGGUUGUUACUGCUGUGCUGUUCGUAGCAAA